AUGCCGUACUAUGGUCAUGUUCGCCCUUCGGCGGAUUAUUUCAACAGCAAUCUCAUUUUGCAGAACUUUGUAGUGGCAGACAUCAGCAAUGGUGUCAACAACGUGUAUUUCUAUGACGAGCGAGCGCAAGGAAAAUAUGCUAAUGCGCUAUGUAGCUUACGCUUGAACUACCCUCUUUCAAUUAUAUCACGGGCUAAGCACAACGAGGUCGCACCUCCUGAAGUGAGCUUCAGUACAUUGGACAAUUGUGUGGGGCAGAACAAAUCGAAAGCAGUUUUAAUGUUCUUCGCAUUUCGUUCGGUGGUAUUUCCCUACAAGAAAGUAGUGCUUUGUUAUUUACUACCUGGACACUCUCACAAUAUUGCUGACCGCGUUAUUGCUUGGUGUCGACGGGCAACUCGAGGAUUGAACUUAUAUACACCAAAAAAAUUGAUUAAAGAGGUGAACAAGGUGAAAAGGGGUGUGUUUUUAGAUCACACUGAUGCCAAUCGACCAUUCUAUGUGGGCUGGAACGAGUUGUUGAGCAAAUACUUUAUCCCACCGCCUGGGGAUUACACCUCAAACUACCUUUUUGAGAUUGAUUGUGGAGUUUGUACUGCUCGUAGUACAGCAGGAACACAAUUUUUAAGCCGAGCAAGUUAA